AUAGCUACUGAACUAUUCAGCAUAAGCAUCGCCGAAAGCGAAACCCAAACGAUUCCAGUGCUGAAGACUAUGGAUCACCUCCAUCAAUUUGGGGUUAGGUUCAGGGUUAGGGUUUGCGUUUGAUCUACCAAAAAACCCCCUAGUUUUGGCCUAGCUUUUGCAUUUCUCAUGGCUCGACUGGAAAACGUUUUUGCUCUUUUGGGGGAUGGAGACGGAGACGACGACGUUUCGGCGCUCCUCGAGCGCGUUGCUGCUGUGAAGGCGGAGCCUCCGCCGCCGGAGAAGAAGAAGAAGAAAGACAAGCAGCAACAGCACCAAAAGCAGCCCGUGGAGAAGGAAGAGUCAGACUGGGGUCUUGACGACGCCGUGUCGAUGAAAGCAAAGCCUAUUGUGCUCCCCGAUUACGUUACAAGAAGAGAUAUUGUGGUUAGAAAGAAUGAACCAGAGGGGCGGGAGCGCCGCCAGGGUCGUGGCUCUGAAAGGUCUGAGCCAGGUGGGAAAGGUUAUCAACGGAAUUUUGGAGGAUCUGAUGGCUACAAACGUAACAACGGAGGAAGGAAUGGUAAUCAACGGAAAAAUGGGGGUUUGGAUGGUUAUCAGGAUGAUAAUGGAGGGGGAAGUGUUUAUCGUGGGAAUAAUGGGGGUGAUAAUGAUUUCCAGAGGAACGACGGAGCUGAAUCAGGAAAUGCAGUUGGGGAUGAUUGGCAGGAGCAGGGGCGGGGGCAUGGUGGUGGAGGUAGAGGGAGAGGGAGAGGGAGAGGCCGUGGUGGAGGAGGGGGAUUCAAUCAGAGUAAGGAAUUUGGAAGUGAAAGCCAACUUGAUGUGAACAAUUAUCAGAUUGAGAAGCAGGGACAUGAUGGGAAUGAUAAUGAUGGUUGGGAACAGAAAGAGUUUCAGGGCAAAGAAAGUGGAAAUGAGACUAAAUAUGAUGUGAGGCCGAGAAAUGUGAAUCGGGGCCGUGGCGGUGAUGGAAGAGGAUACGGUAGGGGAAACCGCGGUUUUGGUGGACAAGAAGGCCGCUUCUAUGAUAGGCAAGAUGGAAGGAAUAAUAGAAGGGGUGGUGAUAGUAGAAGGGGCGAAGUAUCAAAUGAAUCUGAAUCAAAGGAAAACGUUACUGGUGAUAUUGAGAAUGCAGUGAAAGUUGAUGACUACAGUGGUGGAGCUGAAUGGGAUGUUCCUGUGACUACUGAAGGAACAACUGGUGCAGUGCAUGAACAUGAGAAGCUUGAAGCUCAAGCUGAUUCUGAGAAGAAGGCCAAAGAUACUGACGAGAAUGAGGAGGAGAAAGAAAUGACACUUGAAGAAUAUGAGAAGGUGCUUCUUGAAAAGAGGAAGGCUUUGGAAGCAUUAAGAAAGACUGAGGGGAGAAAGGUCACACUAGAUAAGGAUUUGGAGUCUAUGCAACUCGUCGAGAGAAAGAAAGAUGAUAGCCUUUUCAUCAAGCUGAAGUCUGAGAAGGAGAAGCUUAAGAAGAAAGGUAGCCUUGAAAAAGAUGACAAAGUUCGGAAGUCGAUGAGCAUUAAUGAAUUUCUGAAACCAGCUGAAGGUGAAUUACAUGUUGCUGGUCGUGGUCGUGGUGGUCGAGGUCGUGGACAUGGGGGCCGCGGUGAAUCUAGGGGAGAAUUUUUGGGCCGGCGACGUCAGGUGGAGGCUGGCCCUGCCCCUAGCUUUGAGGACCCAAACCAAUUUCCUGUUCUGGGAGGAGCUGCUGUAGCCUCAUGAAUUUAUAGCUCUUUGGAAUUGCGGUCUGUUUAAUGUAUCACUGUUUAUGACUGGACUAGCUUCUAGCUUUCGAGUAGGGCAUAAGUCUGGAGGAGACUUUCGAGGGUUUUGCGGUUGCAUUUCCUUUUCCUUUGGUAUAUUGUCUUAUAUUAGUGGGAGCAAGUUCUUGCUUCUUCUUGGAUCUUCUUCUUUUUCUUUGUUAACACUACUUUUCCUUCAGGAGAUCAAUGUGCAUUAUAUAUAAUAUAUGAGCUUUACUACUCA